GUAGAAUAGUUGGCGUUAUCGCGAGUUUCACAAUCCUUCCCGUGUGUCGAAAAUCGAUGAGUGAUUGGUUUGUCUUCAUUGUCAAGAUUCUUUGGCUCAAUUGACGCUAAAGGGGUUCGUCAUGGCCUUGAAAAGGAGACGGGCGACGUCCCCCUCGAGCAGUGUGAGUGGAGGCGAUUUUGACGAUAGCCAGGCUUCAUCAUUAGUGUCGUCAAGUGGGAGAAAGAGGAGAAGGACCUCAAACUUUCCAACGGUGGAUCCUAUUGCUGUGUGCCACGAACUGUACAACACAGUCAGGGACUACAAGGACGACCAUGGAAGGAUGCUGUGUGAGCUGUUCAUUAGAGCCCCGAAACGAAGGAACCAGCCAGACUAUUACCACGUGGUGUCUCAGCCUAUUGACAUGAUGAAGAUCCAGCAGAAAUUAAAGAUGGAGGAAUAUGACGAUGUGGAGCAACUCACCAGUGACUUUCAGCUCCUGUUUAAUAACGCGAGAACAUAUUAUAAGUCUGACAGUCCUGAGUCUCGGGCAGCUUGCAAACUGUGGGACCUUUACCAACGUACCAAGAAUGAAUUUGUUCAGCCGGUGGAUGACGACGAGGAAGAUGAAGAUGGCUUCGAUGCACAAGACAACCCCAGUGGAUCUACUGAGGACGAGAGCGCACCAACCUGCUUGAGAGAUGCCCUCGAGCAGCUCCUUGAUGCCAUGGUGACAUACGCCGAGCCCUCAGGCCGCCUGGUCAGCGAGCUCUUUCAGAGGAUGCCUUCUAAAGCGCACUAUCCAGACUAUUAUGCUAUCAUCAAGGAACCCAUAGAUCUGAAACUCAUCGCUCAAAAGAUUCAGAUGGGCCACUACAGGAGCAUCUCUUCCAUGGCUAAAGACGUAGAUUUACUGGUAAAAAAUGCCAAAACCUAUAACGAGCCCGGGUCCCAGGUCUUUAAGGAUGCAAUCACCAUUAAAAAAGUUUUUGCACAAAAGAAGUCAGAGAUGGAACAUGGUGAACCAAUCAAGUCCAGCAUUCGUAUCAGGAAUAGACGUUGUGCGCAGGGCGACCGCCUCUCAGCGAUCAGCAUGGCUCUUCAGUAUGAAAGUGACGAGGACGGAAUACUUUCCGGGUCCGUCCACUACGACGAGGGGGAGUCCGAGGCAGAGAGUUUGAACUCCAACAUCGACAUGAGUAACCCCAUCUUCCAGCUGUACGAAGCUGUACGAGGUGCAAGGAACAACCAGGGCCUCCUGAUCUCGGAACCGUUCUUGGAGCUGCCAUCCAGGAAGGACCACCCUGACUACUACCAUCAGAUCUCUCAACCCAUGUGCCUCCAUCAGAUCAAGAACAAGAUGAAGAACAACGAGUACGAGAGCGUCGAGCACGUGGACUCUGACAUAACGCUCGCGUUGGAGAAUGCCAAACGCUACAACGUUCCUCACUCGUCCGUCUACAAGCGUGCGCUGAAACUGCAGCACAUCCAGCAGAUGAAGCGAAAGGAGCUUCUACAGAGAGAUGACGAUGACAGGGACAGCAUGCUUUCCUCCGCCACUUCAGAUAGCAGUAGCACCAAGAGAAAAAGCCAUAAGAAGAAUACAAAGAAAAAUCGAAUGAAAGCCCUAAUACUUGCUGUGACCGAGGCGCGUGAGUCAGGCACUGGCAGGCGAUUGUGUGACCUGUUCAUGGUCAAGCCCUCCAAGAAGGACUACCCUGAUUACUACAAAGUCAUCCUGGAGCCCAUGGACUUGAGGACCAUCGAGCACAACGUUCGCUCGGACAAGUACCCGACUGAAGAUUCCAUGGUGGAGGACAUGAGGCUGAUGUUCCGCAAUGCUCGGCACUACAAUGAGGAGGGCUCGCGGGUCUUUAAUGAUGCCGACAUACUUGAGAAAAUAAUGAAAGAUAGACGCAGGGAUCUCGGACCAGCGACAGAUGACGAUGACAAUGUGUCUUCAAAAAUGAAAAUAAGAAAGACAAACAUCACUGUGAAGAAGUCCAAAUAUCUCACCCCUUUACAACAGAAACUGAAUGAGCUGUACGAAUCUGUCAAGAACUACACAGACAAGCGGGGCCGCCGCCUGAGCACCAUCUUCCUGCGGCUUCCAUCCCGUGCCGAGCUGCCGGAUUACUACAUCGCUAUCAAGAAACCCGUGGACAUGGAGAAGAUCAAGAGCCACAUGUUGGCCAAUAAGUACCAGGACGUAGACGCGCUGGUGGAAGACUUGGUGCUCAUGUUCAACAACGCCUGCACCUACAACGAACCUGAGUCUCUCAUUUAUCGUGAUGCUCUAGUCUUGCACCGGGUGCUCUUAGAGACCAGGCACGCCCUGGAGGGCGGAGAGGACGCCUACGUGCCGGAUGUGCCUCGCCUCAUCCAGGAGCUUAUCCGCAGCCUCUUUGUCUCUGUGCUCGGCCACCAAGAUGACGAGGGAAGGUGUUACAGCGAUUCUCUUGCCGAGAUCCCUGCCGUAGACCCGGCAAACCCUGAGAAGCCCGCACUCAAUUUGGAAAAAAUCAGGAAGAACGUAGACGGAGGAAGCUACAGGAGGCUGGAUGUUUUCCAGGACCACAUGUUUGAAGUGUUGGAGAAAGCCAGACGUCCAAACAGGACAGACUCGGAGAUCUUUGAAGAUGCCGUCGAGCUGCAGCAGUUUUUUAUUAGGAUCCGAGACGAGCUCUGUAAGAACGGGGAGCUUUUGAUGUCGCCUGCCCUGAGCUAUACCGCCAAACAUCUGCAUAACGAUGUGGAAAAGGACAAGAAAGAAAAGCUCCCAAAAGAGGUGGAGGAGGACAAAAUCAAGAGGGAGGAGGAGAAAAUAGAAGCUGAGAGCAGGGAGGAACCUGUCGGAGGAUCGUGGCAAUCAAGCUCCCAGCGCACAUACCAUCAGGACUGCAGCUUUAAGGACAGCAUGUAUCGUGUCGGGGACUACGUCUACGUGGAGCCUGCUGAGCCCAACCUCCAGCCUCACAUUAUUUACAUCGAACGCCUGUGGCAAGACAACACUGGUGAGAAGUGGCUCUAUGGCGGCUGGUUCUACAGGCCGAAUGAGACGUUUCACGUCGCAACGCGAAAGUUCUUGGAGAAGGAAGUUUUUAAGAGCGACUAUUACAACAAAGCCCCCCUCAGCAAGAUUUUAGGCAAAUGUUUGGUCAUGUUUGUCAAGGACUACUUCAAACUUUACCCGGAAGGCUUGAAGGCAGAGGACGUAUACGUGUGCGAGUCUCGCUACUCUGCCAAGUCCAAAUCCUUCAAGAAAAUCAAGCUGUGGACCAUGCCCUUGAGCUCGGUUCGCUUUGUCCCAAGAGAAGUGCCUCUGCCUGUAGUUCGGGUGGCGUCCAUGUUCGCUAUAAAACAAGAAGAGAAACCAACAGAAAUUACAGACGAAACCAAAGUGACCGAAUGUAGCGUCGUCGAUAAGGCGAGGGAAGAUGUUCCACUGGAGAUGCCCAACGGGGAAGCCGGAUGCCAGUACUUUGAGCAGCUCUGCUACAACAACCUGUGGCUGAAAGUGGGAGACUUUGUCUACAUUGGCUCUCAUGGACAAAUGCGCCAUCGAGUGGGCAGGAUUGAGAAAAUGUGGAAGCGAGAUGGAGCUGGCUACUUUUUGGGGCCGAUCUUCAUCCACCCGGAGGAGACGGAGCAUGAGCCCACCAAAAUGUUUUACAAGAAGGAAGUCUUCCUAAGCAAUCUUGAAGAGGCUUUUCCAAUGACCUGCAUCGUAGGGAAGUGUGUGGUGUCAUCCUUCAAAGAGUACUUGUCUUGUCGGCCGACUGAAGUGCCUGAAGAGAAUGUUCUGCUGUGUGAGAGUCGCUACAUCGAAAGUGAGAAGCAAAUGAAGCGAUAUAAAGGCCUCAAGCGCUUUUCGUCAUCCGCAAAGGUGGUGGAAGAUGAAAUCUACUAUUUUAGAAAGCUCAUCAUUCCUCAAAAGGAGCCAUCGCCUCUGCUGGACAGGAAAAUUGAAGAACUGGAGGCUAAGUUUGCUGACAUGACAGACGAGGAGCUGGAGGAGCUUGGCGAUGACGACGGCGAGCUGGACCAUUCUCUGCCUCGGAUGCAUUCCUCCAUGUGCGGUGACAUGGACCUAAUGACCUACACGCCACCUCAGUCAACGGCCAAGUCUCUAAAGGGUCUUUCCAAGAAGGAGGGCUCCAAGCGGAAAAUCAACAUGAGCGGCUACAUCCUGUUCAGCAGCGAGAUGCGAGCCGUCAUUAAAGCCCGGCACCCGGACUUUUCCUUCGGCGAGCUGAGCCGCCUUGUCGGCACAGAGUGGAGGAACCUGGAGGGUUCUAAAAAAGCUGAGUACGAAGAGCGAGCAGCGAAGGUGGCUGAGCAGCAGGAGCAUGACAGGACUCACUAUCAGACGUCCCCUAGAGCAGGCAUUAAUGGUGUGGGGGGUGGAAGCAUGGUGAGUGUGGUAGGUCCUGGACAGCAGGCUUCCCCUCCAUACACGGGACAAGGCCAGAUAGGACAGCCGGCGCUCCAGCAGCCGUCCUCUCCGUUGUUUGUGUCCCCCCCAGCCAAGUCCCAGAGGCUCCUCCACUCUGAGGCGUACCUCAGCUACAUUGAGGGCCUCACCGCUGAGUCGUCUACGGUCGGCAAGUGGGAACAAACACUUUCAGCUAAAAAACAAGACGUGCGCUUGACGAAAGAGCAGGAAGGCAGACUACCAUCCCACUGGCUGACGAGCAAAGGAGCCCACAAGACGAUGGCCCACGCACUUUGGCGCCUGCGUGACUUGAUGCUACAAGACACGCUGAACAUCCGUUACGCACACAACCUGUAGCAUGCUCAUACAAAUCUGAGCCUCUGGUCCCACACCUGUGAGACAAGUACGGGCUUAUGCUCACUAAAAGUGACUACUUUGUGUUCGUAUAAAAACGAAUGUGUGUAUGUUUACAGGUGCGAUGUUUCAUUUAACAUUUCAGAUACGCUGUUCCAAGUGCAAUAUUGUAACAACUAUUACGUGUGUGAUCAAUGCCUUCUGUGUUACAUUUAUUUCAUGUUUACAUUCAAGUGUAUUAAAAAAAUGUUGCCGGUAAAAAAAUUAAGCAUUUUGUACACAGGUCACAGUUGUACAUAUUGUUUGAGCUACUGUGUGGGCGACAUUGGCAAACUCUGGGGGUAUAAUUUCCAGGGCGGCACAAUGAUGACAGGGGAAAAGAGAUUUGUAUUUAUUUGUGCUCAGCGCUCUUUUGUCGCCGUCUACUGGCCGGAUAUUAUGAGGGGCCGUUAGGGACAUUAUUCAGAAUUACCUCUUACAUACACUACUGAAAUGCUCUCACAUAAACAACUGAAAUCUUUUUCUUUUAUACACACUACUGAAACACUCUUAUAAACACUACUGAAAUGCUCUUACAUACACUACUGAAAUGCUCUCACAUAAACAACUGAAAUGUUCUUCUUUUAUACACACUACUGAAACACUCUUAUAAACACUACUGAAAUGCUCUUACAUACACUACUGAAAUGCUCUCACAUAAACAACUGAAAUGUUCUUCUUUUAUACACACUACU